AUGAAGGUCACAUCAGCAGUGCUUCUGGGUCUCCCAGCGCUCUCCGUCGCCUAUCCAGGCAUGAUGGGUGCUUCGUCAAGAUCUGAGCUUGAAUCCCAGCUGAAGGCUGAAUACGAACGCGCAGCCAGCGAGAAACGCGAAGCCGAACCUCAAGUUACCAGCCUCCUGAGUGGUCUGACUGGUGUCGUCAACGGACUUCUAACCUCCGUCACUCAGGCUGUUGUCGUUUCCAGCAACAAACGCCCUGAGACAGGAUAUUCGUUUCAAGCUCCUGGGCCUGGUGACUCCCGCGGCCCUUGCCCGGGUCUCAAUCUUCUUGCCAAUCACGGCUAUCUCCCUCGCGAUGGUCAUGUUACCUUUGGUCAGAUUGUAGCAGCUACCGCCCGUGGUUUCAACAUGGGGGCGGACCUUGCUACGGUCUUGGCUACCUUUGCCGUACUGACAGAUGGAGACAUCGACACUUUAUCAUUCUAUCUCGGUGCUGGGAAGGGCGGUAUCGGCGGCCUGAACCGUCACUCUACCGUCGAGGCUGACAUAUCGCCAACUCGUGAAGAUUACUACAACGGCUGCGGAGACAACCACCACCUGUCCUCACGUAUCGUGAAGCAACUGGUCGGUUACGUUAAUGCUGAAUCCAGCAAGCAGUUUACAAUUAACGCCAUGGCCAACCAAUAUGCCCAGCUUGCGCAAUUCUCCAAGACAAACAACCCUUACCUCUACUACUUCCCAUUCCCUCAAAUCGUCAGUGUCGUGGCGUUCAACUUCUACCCCCAGUUCUUCUCCAACGGCACGUACGGUGCCGGUGGUGUCGCAAAUUACAAGAGCAUUUCCAGCAUUAUUGGCGCAGAAUACGACUCUAAGUCGGGCGAAUUCAAAUACGUUCCGGAGAGAUGGCCAGAGAACUGGUACCGCCGCGCCACCCCCUACGGCGCCGUCCAGGCACUCACAGAAGGCUUCACACUCGUCUACCCACGCAACAUCGUUACCCCUGGCGUGGCUCAACUCGGCACUGGAAAUUUCAACCUCCAGACUGUCCUUUGCGAUGUCUACCAGGGGAUCAACUCCAUUACACCUCUUCAAUUCGGCGGCUCGCUGGAGAAGAGUGCCAGGGCGGCUUCAUGGGCCAUUUCGGUUCUGGACCCAUACUUCAAGUUCACUGCUCUGGGAUGUCCCACCGCUGUUCUUUCGCCCAACACCGACAGCUUCUUGUACCCCAAUGCAAACAAGCAAGGUGGUCCUAAAAACGCACCCCCGGGUAGCAAGACGGGAGAUAAUGUGUAUAACAAGAUCUAUUUCACAUCAGCACCUGUGAAGCCUGCUUGUUAG